GGGGGCUCGAAGCGCACCUCAUCUGCUGACCCGAACUCAAGACGUAUGGCGAGCAGCAUGAGGGCGCUCGUGCUGACGUGCAUGGUGCUGGCGCCGUGGCUGGGAGCCGGCUCGGCCGCGGGCUUCCACGGGGACGCUCGGCUCGUGGCGCGGGCCACGCCCGGAAGGCACCUCGCCGGCUUCUUCGGCAACUACUUCCAAUCGACGCGGGCAAGGAGAGCGCUGCCUUCGGCCGACGAACCAGACGAUAGCCCCAUCCCGGCGGGGGGAGACGCAUCAGACCUGCCCACUUGUCUGCUGUGCGUCUGCCUAACCGGCUCGGUGUACUGCGAGGAAGUCAGCCCGGACAUGACCGCCGUUCCCACCCUGCCCAAGGAGACGGCCUACCUGUACGCCCGCUUCAACAAAAUCAAAAAGAUCAACACCAGGGACUUUGCUGACAUCGUGACGCUGAAGAGGAUCGACCUGGCGGGGAACCUGAUUUCAGAGAUCGAGGACGGGGCGUUCGCUAAGCUGCCGCUGCUGGAGGAACUGUCUCUGGCGGACAACAGGCUCGUCAGGCUUCCGGCGCUCCCCGCCAAACUGAUGUCGUUCAACGCCAACAACAACCUCCUGAAGACCAAGGGUGUCAAAGCUACUGCUUUCAAGAAACUGACCAGGCUAGUCAAUUUAUACCUGGCUGACAACGAGAUGGAGGCAGUUCCACAGAUCCCAGAGAUGGUUCGGACCUUACAUCUUCAGAACAACAACAUCACAGAUGUCAACAUCAACACCUUCUGCAGGGCUAACGACACCUACUACCUUCGACCCAGCCUCAGCGAAGUCCGUCUGGAUGGAAAUCCCGUGGUCUUGUCCAAGUACCCCGACAGCUUCACCUGUAUGAAAGUACUGCCUAUCGGACGGUACCGGUGAAGAACCACCAAUGUUACUGCAGUCCCUUUUCUAAAGAUUAAGGGAAGAGUUUUGUCCUUCGGGGGACACUGAAAUAUUCCGGCUAUUGGGGUAACUGGUCUUCAACGUUAUAAUCAAAGUGUGAAAUGGUCAGGUCAAAGUAAAAUUACAAGUUGUACUCUUCCCUUCUGAUGGGGAAUAUCAAGUAUUCAAACCACUGUAGCCAGAACUGGAACAACUGGCUAUUAACAUGGAAAAAGGCUUCUAGUCCUGCUUGACUGUUGGUCAAAACUUAGUGGACAGCGGAACUGUUGAUGACACCUAGAAAUUAAGCCCACAGAGACUAUUCUAAGGUCCCCUUGAAUUUUAAUUGUCAUGUAGCACCUUCAUUAAACGUCAUCUGAAAUUGCCUGUAAACACUAUUGUAAAGUUUUCUAAAGCCCCGUCUUUUGAUCUGCCAACUAAUUCCAGUAUUAGUUAAGAAAAAGUCAAUAUUUACGACCUGCAAUGAGGGCGAUGGCUUUGUAGACCUUAGUCACCUUGCCUUAUUUUUAAUUUAUAAACUCCACUUGAAUUGAAGUAGGGAAGCAUUUAUCAUCAUUUAUUUAAUCCAUGUAUGAAAUGUAGCCCCAACCCGUCCAAUUCAGUAAUAAAUAUGUCUAAUAAAAAUGACUAAAAAUGUGUAUAGGAUAGUGGUUGUACAGUGAUGUAUGGCUUAAGAUAUUUGAAUA